AUGUAUCGUAUUGAAGUCCUCCCAGGCACAUCCGCCCAUGUCACGCCCGGAUGGACCUACGUUCCCGACCGCGGCUUCAACCCAGCGCAAGCAGCUAUCACACCUACCAUCGGCAGGAAAAGAGGAAUCCGCGAUGGGGGUCGUACCGACUUAUCGUCGCGCCAGAGCAAUGCGAUUAUCCGCCACUUAGCUGAGCUUGACCGGGAGAACCAUCGAGACGUACAUAUUCCGAUUCCGGUGAAACAGAAGGACGCGGCCGGCAAAGGAACACGAGGAAAGACGACUUCAAACGUGCGCCGUAUCCUACAAUCGCAAAAGACCUUCCGAAACUACCUCGAUGACGAAGAGGCGGCCCUGGCCCAGGCCGCCCAGUCAACUAUACAACGCCCCUCCAUCAGCAAGAUAACGAAGCCCUCCCGACGAAGUCUAACUCCCGCUGCUACCCCCAAGUCAGACACAUCGAAAAGGAAGCAAUCCACCGUACCACCGUCAAGGGCCUCAACGAUCCCGCCAGAAACGAGCACCAACGCGACCCCCGACACAGACGAAGACAAGAAGCAGCCCGAGCCAGAAACCGAGAACCAAAAUCGACUGAUCAAAUCAGAGUACGACAAAGAUCCGCUUUUAAAGUCGUAUAUCCCUUCCCCACCCUCGGAGCGCAUCAUGCAAGCACUCCUGGCCGAACCGCCACUCACAUACAACGCGGCUCGUGCUGGUCCCCCCCUAACCGCCAAGGCGCCACGGCACUUUUGCUGUAUGUGUGGGUACUGGGGCAAGAUUCGGUGCAAGAACUGUCAUGUUCGGACCUGCGGACUGGCUUGUUACAAGCUUCAUGAGGACUCGCGAUGCGGAGCGUUCUUUUGA